AUGCCCAAAAAGCACAACAAAUACCCGUCUGUCAAACCCGCGAGCACAGUCCACCCGUCACUAGAAUCCUCGUCGAGCUCGCGCCAGCAUGGCAGCCGCGCUUCGGCAUCGCAGUCAGUGAAUGACCUCAUCCAGCAUCUGCGCCGGACUCAAGUGCCUACUUCCACCAACGAUGGGCCCUCUAAUCCUCACCAGCCCUUGACGCUGCGCACUUUGCAUCCGUCGCUCAGGAAUAUCCUCGACGUGCCAGAAACGCCGCCGCCGCGACCGCGCCCAAAUGCUCGACCGGUAGGCGGACGACUCCUUCGCAGAAUCCCUGGCCCGCCGCCUCCGUCUAGUUGGUUACAGAGUAACAGGACAUCGACAACGGACAGAGAGACCGUCUCUGUAGGGCGUGACCAAGUACUAUACCGGCUUGAACGACUCCCCGGCAUAAACUUUCCACCGAAGCAUAGCCUGCAGCAUGUCUUGCUGAAAUCGAUGGCGACAAGCUGGCCUUGGCAUCUGGAUUAUGACAAUGUAUUUCUGGUGGAAAUUCCGAAUCGUCUGAAGCUUCUACUGUUGAGUUACAUUGCCAUUUACUCGCCUGAUGCUGUAUCGGCAUCACGAACAAAUGACCUUGAUCUGCUCUUUGGUGCGCCAGCGCCGGAAGGAGACUCCGUCACUGAAGCUGAGACCAGUCAUGUCACUCGGCUCGAUCUUAGUGCGGCAAUAGGCAAAUGGACCAGCAUAAAGCUCCUGAGCAGACAUCUUCUUGUUUCAUCCAAAAAGGAAAAGGUGCCAAUUACAAAGACGCAGGAGACUGUUCCCGAAUCAUGGGACGACGUCGAACCUGCUGUAGACUCGCCAACUCCGCCUUUGUUCCAGUCGCCGUCCCAUAUACUCCGGUUUCCAAAUCUGAGAUACUUAUCUCUCGCUCAUCCUGAACGUACGGCGGCCAAUUGGGGCUCGCUAGUCAAUUUGCUCUCUCACAUCUCGACCAUCACUCAUUUGUCCCUGGCUCACUGGCCGAUUCCAACGCUUACGCCGAACUCAAUAAAUGCGCGUGUUGAGCAUCCAUCGAUUAAGUCGCUCACCUUCGCUGCCGGGGGCACAGAUACCUACAGUGCCGAUGAAAACAACUGGGUUGAAGUCGUUAAUAUCUUGCGCAAACUUUCCCGCGCAACCUAUUGUCUCAAAUGGCUUGACCUCGAGGGCUGCGGGCAAUGGUUUGACGCCCUGAGCUGGGAUGGACGUACAUUGCAAGAUGAUGAGCCAUUUCGCACACUUGAAGCAUCAUGGAAUGGGCCGUGGCGAGAUAUUGAAUGGAUCGGUCUUGGCCCUGGCUGGAUCCCCGCGAAGUAUGCUGGUAGUAAUGAUCUAUCUGAAUCACAUACCCCGCUCGUGGCAUCUAUACAUUCCCAUUCAUCCCAGCGGCGAGUGCCGGCAAGCUUUGGGAAUCCGGACGAUGAUCUAAGCUCUGUUCUUACGGCGCAAGACCUCCGGGAGGCUGAGAUGGCGCGUCAAAAGCAACGGCACAUCAACGAGUGGAAAGCAUAUGAAGACACUCUUCGGAGGGCUCGCCAGGUCGAGAGGCAUGUCCAUCGUGUACGACGCGAAGCCGGUGGGAAGUGGAUUCAUUUCUCCUUUGGUGGCGAGGGAGCAGAGGAAAGAGAGAUAUUAGAGACAGUGAUGUCAAAACUCGAUGUAUAG